CAGGCGAAGCACUGAAGCGAGGCAGUUUUUACAACAUUCCGAUUGUGAGAAUCUAAAAGUUUAUAUGUGAAAAAAUUGUUUUGAGUUUUCAUUUAUAACUUCUGAAACAGCCAAAAAGGGGAAUUUGCGACGUGAGUAUGUUUCGAUUGUUAAUAUUCCAUAUUUAUUGUGUGUAUAAAUUAAUAUUUCUGCUUCAAAAUAGGCAGAAAUUCUUGGUAAAAAUUUGUUACAUUUUGAUUCGAGAAUGGAAUGUGUUUAUAUUUCGAUAACGUUCGCAUCGUAGUCUUCAAUGUACUCUUACUGUCGAAGUCUAGAUUACUAAAUUUAAGUUAUGUUGUGUUGUGCUAGAAAAAGACCCUGCAAACCUUUUAUUUUUUAACUAAAUAUUUAAAACAAAAUUAAUCAUCUUUUGCCCACAACGCAAUAUAAAAGUCAUUUGUUUAUCUUUUUAUACCAACACUAAUUUUUUCUUAUGAUUGUUAGGGUCCUUAUGGCUGGUUCAACGCGUUGGUUGGAAUAUUUUAUUAGUUUGGAAGGUCUCAUUAAGAUCUUAGAAUUUGUAAGUCUGCUUGUGAUGUUUUACAUGAUGAUAGAUGCUGCCAUUGGUAUUGUAAUGAUAGCUUCUUUGUAUAAAAAUUCAGCUAGCAAAGUACUUUGUUCAGUACCUAAUUUCUGAAAUCAUUUGUUGUAUUUAUACACAUAGAUGGAUCUUACACACACGUGUUCAUCUGAGUAGAUGGCAUACAUAAUUGUGUGGUUCAUUUCGACAGGUGAUCCGCCUGUUACACACACAAACUACCCUACAAACUACGUUUCUUUACCAAAGUUCCUUCAGUUCAGACAGAUCGUCCGCCUCUAGUUUAAAUUGGGCUGUGAUGAAAUUUUAAAAUUUUACAUUUGUAUGUAUUUCUAGAUCGUGUCCAUCCUGGCAUUUGUUUUGAUUCUGAAUUUUGACGAUUGGAGCUUAUUUUCACGAUAUGGUUUCUACAUAAUUGUGUCAGGUCUAUGUUGGUGCUCAUUGCUGAUUAUCUUGAUACUUCAUGCUGUUGGUUUGUGUGCUGGCAAGGUGUAUGGAAACUGGCAGAGAGAAUACUCCUUGUUUGUGUUCAUGCUCAGCUAUUCCCUCUCAUUCAUGUUUCUCUUCUUCUUUGGAUCAGCACUCUUGGCUCAAUGGGCAUAUGAUUUGGCUGAUGGCUUCCUCAUUCUCUGUGUGGUAAGUAAUUUAGUAAUAUACCCAACCUAAAUUACUUUACCCAACCUACAUUACUUGAAAUGAUUUACUCAAGAAGAUUAUAAUCAGAUUUAGUCUGUAGUCGCCCCUGAACAUCGACCAGUCUAAGAAAUUAAUUGGGUCAUUCCAGAAAACAUCCAUACCUCCCCCACAGAGGAAAUUGAAAGUUAACCCGCUUACUCCCUUUGGACGUCCUAAUACACUUACUAUUAUCAGAAACAAAUUUUUCUUUCCUCCAUGGGUGAAGUGCAGAUCUUUUCCGGAACGACCUAUUAGUGAUUUACGCAGUGAAUAAUGAGUAGCUCAUUGGGAUAUUAAUUUAACUCAUACCAAAAUAUCAGUCACAAAAACUAGGAUAUAUAGUCAAGCUGACUGCUGACAUUCUUUUUUCAAACAUUAUAUUCCCUGAAUUGUGUUGCUAAUUAGCACUAUUAUCAACCAAUUACAUUUCAGAUUCUUGGUUUCGUGUUGGUCAUAUUAUUUUUCAUCGACAGUUUCAUCUACUACAAGCGAGUGCGACAGAUCCGCAUUGAGGAAGUCACCUGGAAACCUAAGCGCACUGGCACCUCUUACGCUUAAUAGACAUCAACUUUUUGUUUGCUGUAUAUCUUUAAGUUUACCAGACUACUGUAGUUCAUAUUAAUGCACUGGACAUCCUCUACAUUAAUGUUUAUCAGACUAGUAUAUAUAUAGUUAGAUUUCUCCCUGGAUGUAAUAAAUUUAUUGUAACAAUAUUGUAUACAUGUUUACUUUCCUGGCAACUUGUCUUAAGGAAGUUUAUUACUUAAGAUAGUCUCAAAUCCUACACAUUCAUCAACUCUUAAUCCAUGUACAAAACUUGUACGUGUACUGUUGUAUAUUUGCAAUACAAUGCAAUACAUAGGACAUUGUUCUAGCCUUAUAUUCUUUAAAAAGUUCUGUCUACUGUCAUCUAUCAUUUGUUCAUCUGUAUUAGAAAUAAAAUGUGAUUGAACUUAAACUUAAAUUGACUUUAAAGUGUGAAUGUGAAACUUUAUUUACUGUGACAACCUGGUGUUCAGGAAACUACAAAAUUGAAUCAAAAUGUUUGAUGUGAUUCUUGACAACUACAGUACACAUAGGAUUGAUAAAGGUUGUUAAAGUUGUUAUCUCUAUUGUAGUAAAUACUUUUUGAAUAGUUUGUAAUUUUAAUUGUAUAUUUCUUGCAUAUAGUUGCAGUGUGUAAUGGCUAAUUGAGCUACUUUCAUUUUAAUAAAUAAUCCAAAAAAUAUCUAGUGUGUUUUUAUUGAUAUCAGAAACAACUUCACUAAAAUCCAUGUUCUUUCAACAAUCUUACAACAGCUUCUUUAUGAUAACCUUUUAUCUUUACUUGACUUGUUAUUUCAUUUGUUUGAAAAUGAACUUCCUCUCCUAAAUUUUCUUUUAAAAAUCUCACAAGUUCCUAGAAAGCAAAGAAAGUUUAUUUCAUAGAAUGCAUGGUGUGGAGCUUGGU